AUGCGACUCUACGCGUGGAUCUACGCCGCCUUCCACAUCUUCGACGUUGUUCGAGCAUCUGCAAGCGUCAUUCGGUUGAAUGCGACCGCAAAGAAUCUCACUUCGAAUGCAACCUCGCAGAAUCCAGUACUGGACGGAGAUUACUUUGACACUGAAUGUACUGUUAAUCCCUAUUGCAAGUACAAGGGACCCAAUGAGUACGUUUGGAAGAACGAUUGCCCACACCUACCAAGGAUCACCGAAGAACUGUGGGAAGAACAUCGAUAUCAUGACAGUGCCUUCUUGAGGAGUCGCAUGAAGGAGUAUAAGACUCUGCAGAAGAAUUGGCGGAGACUUGCGGAUGACGAGAUCACUUUUCCUGCCUUCCUGGCGAAACGCUACGCUCCGAACCUACCACCCAGUAGCAUGCUCUGUGAUGGCGCGGGUAUGUGCACAUCUCCAAGCUGCAAGGACAUUGGUGCAAAGCACAGUCUUGCGAAACAACGCGCAGUCAUGUUGUUCUUCGAGUUCGUCUCAGGUCUCGACCAUUCCUUCCACAUCACCCACGAAGCCAUCCAGGACCAUUACAGGCACAUUCUCGAAGACAUCGAUGCCCUCACGAGGUGGUUCACGUAUGCAGACGAACAACAAGACGCCGCGGUCAAGAAGGACGAGAAGAAGAAGAAGGCACUAGCCGCCAUGGAGUUGGCCUUCGGAAUUAUUACAGCCGUCUUUCAACUAUUUACCACAGGCGCCAACAUGUUGAACUACAGACCCGAUGUAAUCACAAAUUGGAUUUACGGCUUCUCUAGGCUCAACAGACUGGCUACGAGGUGGCAGCGGGGCUUAGCAUGGACCGCCAAAAGAUGGCCAAGCGUCUCGAAAUAUACGGGGUUCAAAUAUUUCGCAAGUCGGAGGAUGCCGAAACCGCACGAUGAUGGUACACCUGGGGAGCCAUAUGGCCUGCUUAUGCCAAAAUCGAUCGAGAACUUUCAGAAGUUAUGGACCAUCACCAGUGGGGGCUGGCUAGGUUCGCAAGCUUUGACCAAAGAGGUGGUCAAAAAGAUUGACCACAAGAAGGAUUUGAAAGGGUAUGACAAAACCCUAGAAGCCGUGCGUGCAGCACUUGCCGAUAUCGAUUCCAACGCCAUCGACGAAGCCCGGGAUGGAAUGCGAAUCCUUGCGCUAGGCUUCAAGAGUCGUAAUGGCCACGAUCUCAUCGAUCUCUUCGCCAAGGAUUUCUUCCACGGCGCCAACGUCCACUUCCGAGCCUAUGUCGACUACGUGAUCGGAAUGAAGUCUUACGCAACUAUCAUAAGCGCUCUGUGGAAAACGGAAGGCGUAUAUGUCGUCGCGAGCUGGGCUAAAGAAGGCGGCAACUGCGACCAAGACGACCGUGGACCAGCCGAGAACAAGAUCUGUCUUGAUGAACGCCCUGACAGGUCGUACUGGGUGUACGCAAUGACGAACUACAAGGAUAAAAAGACGCGUAGUCCACCCGGGUGGGAGUAUCUUACCAGUGAAGAAGGCUUCCACGGACUCUUCGCUAGCGACGUGGUCCGAGCUGCUCUUUGGAAAGACGAGGUCUAUUGGCCCAACCGUAGGAAGGAGGAACACGACAGGAACUCCACAGGUUCAGCAUCUUGCCCAUCAGUCAACAACGAUCAGAUGCAGAAUGUGACUGCCCCGGAACCGGUGAAUCUGGAUGGCCAAGGACCACCGGACGCGAAUAUGACGAGUUCAUCAGGCUCAAACUCUACCCAGUUUCCAGGCCAGGUGAAGUAUCUGGAUGAUUACGGAAACGCGCCCGACGGCUUCGACAUUGCAGUAUGUUACAGCUGGCUCGGCGAAGCCAUCUCUAGCACCGGCAGCACGGACAACCAGAACGCGCCUUGCCAAUGCGAUCCCAUGAACCACACAUAUGCAGCGUCGUGGGCUGCACCCACCAACUGGACAAUGGCAGCCACCAAGCACUUCAUCAAAGACAGCGGCUUGUACAACUUCGACAACUUCGGCAAGAAGUGCCACGACUGUGAAAGAAUGGACACUAGUUGGAAGGCAUUGCUAGAAGUUGACGACGAGGAGAAACCACCGAAGCAUAUGAAGAAAGCCUGGUUUGGCGGCUGUGACCCCAACCAUCACAAAUCGCAUCCGCUGGGACCCAAACAGCUUACUCAGCCUAAAUCGAACUCGACAAGCUCAUCAUCUGUACCACCAGGUUGCGAACCAACGCAGGCUCCAACACCCACUCGAGAGCCCAUCAUGCAAGUUACCACGCAACGACUUCACGAAGAAACACGCUAUCCGAAGAACACGCCCAAGAACAUAACGUCGCAAGGCGCAUGCAACGGGCCGUACUGUAUCGUGGAUGUCGUUUACGAGAUCCAGGAAUCACACUUCAACUACACCAUCGACUCCUCUGUCCGAAAAGGCGAGUACGGCUGCGAUCCCGGCGACAACAAGUGCGUUGAGCAAUCCGCCCAUGACAUCUGCGAUGUCAUCGAUGAUGAUGAAGAUGAUGAAGAGGCCAAGGCGAAGGAAGACGCGGAAUGGGACCGAGAAGAGGUCGGUCCGGACGAUGACGAGUAUGAGGACUUCAUCCAGGAGAACCCCAAAGGCAACGGUACAACCCCAGGCAACGACAAGACCUCGACCGACGGCACGAACCCAGGCAACGACAAGACCCCCGACGAUAUCAACGCUCCAGGUAACGGCACCUCCCCCGACACCCAAGACAAGAAGAAACCCGACAACGAAGCCAUGAAAGCCUUCAAAGCAUGGCUCAAGAUGCACGACAAACGACAAUCAUGUGUGUGCGGCGGAAAUGGCAAGAACGGCCAACACGGCAUCCAUUGCUUCCCAGGACCUGUCGCUACGAGAACGACCACGAUCAAGGGCCGCAUGAGCCAGACAGCUAACCCGUUGAGUUCUUUAGCUGGUACGCCGACCGGAGCCGGAGGUGGAGGUGGAGGUGGAAGUGCGGCUGCAAGUGGGACUGGCAAUGUGGUGACCAAGAUGUUCACCGAUGAUGUGUGGGUCAACGGGCGAGAGAUAUCCGUUGAGAUGCCGAGUCUUGGUACGCCUACUGAGACGGCAGUGCUUUUGACGGGUAGUUACGCUUCGAUCGCUACGUAUGCGGCGGCGGGUAUGGAGUGA